AUGACUGAGGUGAAACAGCACUUGUUUGUCCAACGAAUCCUUUUCAUCCAUGAUCUCACGAAACGAAAGGCAGGCAAAGCUCAGACAUUGAAGGUAUCACCAUCAACAUGGGAGCUAGAGGCCGACGUUGCAUGCCUAGCCGGUCACAUUUUCCAUCACAUGCAGACCUACCGGGACCCAGAAAACCUCAUCGUCUUUGAUGCUUCAACCAUUCCAACAGCGAUGAACCAUUUCGUUGAAGCGGACUACCACGAAGAGCUCAAGGCGAUCAAUGACUUACGAGAUCCCCAGUUCAAAGUUGAACAUACCAAGCUUUGGUUGGAUAACCUUCCCACGGCUGCCAAACCAAUGACUGAUGCCCAUCUUCAGCAAGCUGAUGGAAAGAUUCAGAAACUGGUUCUAGAUCAGAGCAAAAUUCAAUUCCAGGCUGACAGUCUCUCCUUGGCGAGGGAUGCCAGUCAGCUGGCGAGCCUUCAUGCGGAGGAGGUGCAAUGUGAAAGGUCGAUGCGGAUGGCAAAGGUGGCCCAUUUGAAACAGGAGAAUCAGAUUGGGAAUUCUCAUGGUGGAUCGGUCAUUGUGUGGUUGGACUACAGCAAAUAUGGAACUGUAACGAACGCCGAUUUGAACAACACUGUGACGAUUGUGCAGCAAGUGCUCACAGAGUUGCCUGAAAAGGCAUGCUGCUUCGUCAUAGCUCCUCUGAUGGCCUCAGACCGGAGAUCCGGGCGUAUCGAAGAUAAACUGGAUGCCAAGGGAUUGAACAGCCAGGCAGUGUAUUUGAGAUUCGACAAGCCACCCAACAGCAAGAAGGUGGCAUUGUCUUACCAAGCUUGGAUUGUCACCGCUUCUGGCCCAUGCCGGUUCACUGACAGCCUGCUUUAUCAAGACAGGGCUACUCGCGAUUUGCUUGGCUGGGUGCCAGAAUCUCAGUACCAUGUUCCUACAACACAGAACAGCCUUCCUCACGCCUCUGAGGGCAUGAGGGCUUUGAGUGAAUGCCAAGAGAAAGCCCAACUACUUACCGGAACUGGUCUUUGCAAAGUUGUGCUGGAAGCGCUCAUCAGUGGAGCUUGUGACCCAGGCGAACAUGUUGGAGUUCUCAACCUGAGCCCUUACGAUGCAUGUUUGGAAAAGGUUUGUCUGGGAUGGAGCUUGGACCAUGUUGGUCAGCGUAUGACGUGUGUGAGCAUGUCCACUGAUGUUGAUGUUGCAACCUAUUGUGAGAAGUUGGUCGCCCUCUACCUUUUCGAGCUGGACAUGGACAAGUAUCCGUUGAAGAUGGCUACUCUUUCCAGGGACGAUUCGAAAAAGGGGUGGGACAAAUACAAGAUAACGUUGAGCAACGAAAUUCGUGCAAAGUAUGUCGAUGACCCGAUCCACGCCCCUCUAUGGAAGGAUCUCAUCUUGGAUUUCGACAAGAAGUUCUGCGGCAAUGCUCCAACGAUCAGCGACGCCGUUGUCCUUCAUGAGGAGGAAGAGGGCCCACCUGCCAAGGUCAGAUUUGAGGGUGAGCCGGAGGAGCUGAGCGAGCUUCUUGACCUCUACAUUGUGGUCUGCCACCAGGAGGUGGAUAUUGACAACACAGAAUUUGUCAUUGCGCAUGGCAAAAGCACUUUCGUCAAGCCGGACAAAGUCGCAAAGCUCCAGAGAGAGAACACCACUGGAGGACUUGACCUAUAUGCUGGAGAACAGCCCUGGUGCCCUUCAGUUCCAGUUCGCAGCCCACCAUCGAGCGCCAACAAGGGCCCUUUGCCUAAAAGCGCUGGUGUGAAGGUGGACGAGACCACUUUGCCUAUGGUGUCGCACAGUGUCUCCAAAGACAAGUUGGACAAGGCUCUUACCGCAGAACAGGUGGGAAAACUGAAAGGGGCAGUGGCCAGUACCCUGACUGAUGUGAAUAAGGGUCGUAAGAAUGUCAAGAACGACCAAACCAAAGGGCCUAAGAAAGCUCUGCUUGAGAGGAAGAAAAGCACUGCCAAUUUGGAUACCACUGGGCUUGGGGACCCCAAACUUAACCUUGACAAAGAAGCUGAAAAGGAGAAGCUCGCCGAGGAUUUGGAUUCGGAAGAGACCCUGUCGCUCCCGGGUUUGCCAGAUCAGGAUGAUGAUGACGCUGAGGAAGCUCAGGAGGAGGAAGGUCAGGGGCAGGAGGAGGAGGAAGAGGAGGAGGAUGGUGAAUCCGGGGAUGGACAUCCAAAGGGUGAGGAUACCAACCAGGAACCCAACAAGGAUGACAACCUUCGUGCCAAGUACUGGGAGGUGGUUCACGCAGCCCAGAAGGAGAUCAAGCGCAAGAACCCUGAGAUGUCGAACCGGGAAGUGCUCAAGCGGGCGCGUGCGUCGUGGCUGGAGCACCCGCUUCGCUUGCAUGCGAUGAAGCAGAUGUCAGCUUCGGAGCUGAGCAAGCGACGCUUGAAGCGUAGCAAGAAGCAGGUUGUGCUGGAGAUUCAAGCUGAAUCAUCUAAGCAAUGCAAUGAUGCAGAACCGUGCAGCAUGAGGCAAUUGCUACAUGAGAUGGAAGAGCAGGGGAUCUGUGAUGUGAAAGUCCGAUGCCACUCCUGUGUGCGCCCUGGGGACGCCGCGGGUGCAGGUGAUGAUUGCUUCCGGAUCAGCCCGAACUCCACCGUGGACAUCUUCAGCUACACACCAUCCUUGUCGAACAUGAAGUUUAGCACUGUCUUGGAGAACAGCCCAGUUCUGGAUCGAUGGUGGAGGGUCGCCUUUAUGAAGGCGGAAAAGGAGCUCACUCCACGCAUCUUGGCAUUGCUCAAGCAGCGCCAUGUUCGUAAGCCAAUCUAUUUUCUUCGUGAGAAGGUGUCAAUGCGAGCCAAUACUUGUCUCCGUUUGGUGUAUCUGGAGACACGAGCGGAGAUCCAGGCCUCCGUGCCGGCGGGGGCUUCCAUGUCUGGUGCCCAGUUGAUCCCAGAUGUGCGGGGGGACGAGGCCAUGAGUUGGGAGGCCGAGAUGGACCCCCCCGCCGAGCAUCCGCUGCUGCGCAGGGAGCCCGCAUCGCAGCAUGGCGACGAGCGUGCACAGUGGAUGCCUGCAGGGUCGCUCCGGCAGUACAUGAACAACCUGGAACCCAUCAUCCGGAACUCCUCAGCAUCCUCGUCUCCGCAAAAUGCUGGAUCCAAUGGAAGCGAGGCGAUCGGUUGGCAGGAUGGCAGGAUGGCAGGGGCCCCAGCUGCCAGCGCCUCUGCCCCAAGCCGCCCCCGUGGAUCAACGUGGCGACCGGCGACGCUGGCCCCAGCAGUACUGGCCGCGGCCACGGCGUUGGCGCGCGCCCGUGCGCCGCGGCGGCAGGGUGCAUGCAGGGCGGAGGCCAAGAAGAGCUUGGGAACCAGGACCACUCCAGACCCCACGGACUUGCUACUGCGCGUGGCGAAGGGUGAAGUAGGAGAUCACACGCCCGUGUGGCUCAUGCGACAAGCUGGGCGCUACAUGAGAGAAUUCAGAGCUUACUCCGAACGCUACCCUUUUAGGCAACGUUCCGAGACGCCCAGCAUGGCAAAGGAGCUGUCGUUACAAUGCUGGCGUCAGUACGGAAUGGACGGUGUGAUUGUCUUCUCGGACAUUUUGACGCCUUUGCCUGCCAUGGGCAUCGAGUUCGACGUCAUUCGAGGUCGAGGUCCCAUUGUUUUAGGUGACCUCGCGCGAACGUUGAAGGACAGGCUGCAAGAGGGUCCCGACAGCAUCAGGGCUGUUGAGAGCAGCAAGGACUUUCACGAGAGCCAUGAUUUCUUGCACAAGACCUUGAAGACCCUACGCUCUGAGACGGAGGGCAAGUGCAGUUUGUUGGGCUUCGUGGGUGCCCCCUGGACGCUGGCAGCCUACGCGGUGGAGGCUGGAAGUACCAAGGAGGCUGCGAUCUUUAAGAAGUGGAUGUAUGGCAAGCCCGAGGUGGUAGAUGAGUUUUUACACCGCAUGACGGUCACCAUCAGCAACUAUGCCAUCUACCAGGUUGAGAGCGGUGCUCAGUGCAUCCAGAUCUUUGAGUCCUGGGCGCAUUGUUUGACCCCCGAGCUCUGGAAACGGUUCGCCGCGCCCUGUGCCAUUCAGGUGGCAGAGAGGCUGCGGAAGGCGUGUCCAGAUGUUCCCAUCAUCUACUUUGCCAAUGGCGGCUCUCCGUACUUCUCGGAGCAGGUCGAGACUUUGGCGGGGCACAUCGAUGUCAUCGGGGUGGAUGCGCACAUGAGAAUGGAGCAAGCUGCAGAAAUCAUCGACCGACUGGGUGCAGGACGAGGGAGCUCCUCGCCGCUGAUUCUGCAGGGCAACGUUGACCCAUACGUCUUGAGAUAUGGCGAUGAGGACACGAUUCGACAGGCCGUGCGCCAGACCAUCGAUGCAGCCGGAGGUGCUGGAAGGCAUAUCCUCAACCUUGGUCAUGGGGUGCUGCAAGGAACCCCGGAGGAGAACGUCCUCUAUUUUGUGGAGGAAGCUCAAACUUACUCUGGCUCCCACUGA